UCGAUAUUACGAUCUGACGUAAUAAUAGCGCGCGCGCGUUAUCUUUUAAACGCAAAUGGACGAGGCGGUCUGAGUAUUUACGACGAUAGCAAACGGCAGAUUAGAAAACGCGGCUGUCUACGCUUAUCUACGAGCGAUCGAUAAAUUACAAGCGGCGAGGAGAACGGCAGGUUUUCACCCCGCGGGAAAUAAAAUCGUAAGACAGCCCGACGUUUGGCUUUGACGGAACCGCCACGCUCGCCACGGAACUCCGCUCUGUGUGUGCGGGGAACUUUUGAUGGAAAAAGUUGGAUUUCAUCGUCAGGAGGAGGCAUUUGGCAACGGCAUGUCGAACGGCGUAUCUCUCUGUGUUCUCCUCUCGCUGCUAAUCGCGAACGUCGCGUCGUCGGAGGAAGAAAUCAACUUCCAUAACGUGGUCGAUGUUACGAUUUUGAUCCUGAGCAAAUGUAUGCCGCCGAAAAUUUCCGAAGAGACUUUAUUGCUAGGCGGGGAAUACAACGAUUUCCUCAAACGAGCACUCUUCAGUAUCAAGCCAGUAGCUCUGAUAGCCGAGUCAAAGUACAGCGCUCUCGACAACUUCACUCGGACGAAGUACUCUUACCAUCAGUAUCUCAGCUAUCGCUUCAUCCACUUCCUGAGGAAGGUGCACCGUUUCGUGCUGGUGACGUCCUCGCAGCCGCUCCUGCGAUCUGUUCUCCAGAGAACGAAGGAUUCGCCGUGGGCGAACGCGGACGGAUUUUACAUCCUGAUCGACAGGCAAACCGCGACGCGAGGCUGUGUAAACGCCCGCUCGUACCUCCGGGCGGCUUGGGAAUACGACUUGCUGUCCGUCGUGUUCAUAUGCAUCGACCCGAGUGAUGGGAUCGUCUACUACACGUUCAAUCCGUAUUCAAAUCACACGUCGGACGGUUGGCAGCAGGAUAGCGUUUACAAAGGACUAAACAACCACACGUGGACAAUGUUCAAGAAGAAAUUCGCACACGAUGAAGACAUAUGCAAGGACUUGGACUUCGACAGGACGACCAGUCUGAACGGCUACAAGAUCCGCUUGAACGCCAUUCAGAUGGAGCCGUUCUUGAUGAUCAACCUGACCGAGGACGGCCUGAACAAAUUCGCCGGUGACAACAGCGAGGUCAUCAAGGUGCUCUUCCGCAAGCUGAAAGCCUCCCUCACCAUUGAAGUUUACAACGGCACCACCUACGACCUCGGCGGUAUAGGGCCCAAUGGCACCCUGUGGGGCAUGCUGGCCGCAGUGGGUGACGGAAAGGUGGACAUGGGCAUGAACACGAGGUCGUUGUUCGUAAUGUGGAAGCUCAGGUACACGUAUCCUCACACAAGAUCGGGCCUGUGCGUAAUGUCGCAGCCGAAGCAGCAGAUCUCGGAGUUCACCAAACUAAUAACGUUCCUCCAGCCGCCGGUGAUGGCGGGCGUCUUCAUCGUUUGCCUGCUCACCUAUGCGGUUUUCACGAGGAGCCAGGGAUACGCUCGCGCCGCGCUCGAGGUGACGAGGCUCUUGGUCUGCGUGACGAUCCUGCACCCGCCGAGGAUCAGUUCCGCCCGGAUCUUCCUGUGCACGGUGUUCAUUCUGUUCCUCAACGUGAACUCCUUGUUUCAAAGUCGCUGGUCGUCCUUGCUCACCGCGCCGGUCUACUACGACACCAUCAACAGCUUCGACAGUAUCAAGGCACACGGAUACAAGAUAUACGGGCCGGGGGCCUUGAAGAAUUUCUUCAGUGACAACGUCCUCCAGUCGCGCUACAUCACGGUGCCGACGAGCGACGAGUGCAAGAGGUUCGUGAAGAACUCGACGGAGAAUGUGUGUACUGGUGAUUGCUACCACAUGUAUCACAAAAUCCGGAACGAGGAUCUGGCCAAGUCGAGGAACUUGCGCGACACGACGCUUACGUAUGUCACCCGCGAGGACUGGCCGUUGUACAGACGAGUGAACAACGCUAUCCAGCAGAUGGUGGAGAGCGGCUUGGUCAACAAGUUCCGCGCCGACAGCCUCGGGAAGCUCCGGAGAAGAAGACUGAUGAGAAGCGCGAGGAAGAAGAACUUCAAGGUGAUGCUGCUGUCGCAGCUGGCCUUCAGCUUCUAUAUCCUCGGUAUCGGCUACAGCUGCGCCACUGUGGUCUUCAUGAUGGAGCUGUUGAUCGGUAGAUCGCGCGGUAGUCGGAGAGCGAGGAAAACACAAGCGAGAAACAGUCGCAACAAAUAUUGAAAUUGCGAAACUAUAGGAAUUGGAACUAAAGGUCCGACUCGCAAUGGAAUGGGACAGGUCAACGGGAAGAUUGCUAAAGGGAGCUUCCCAACCACAGUCGAUCGCUUUUUCGAUUUUUAAUACAGUUGUUUGUUCAAACGAACUUUUCCCGGUCGCGGUGUUGUUUCUCGUACGCCUCUUGGAUUCUCAGAUGGGGACCUUGAUUAUCAGGUUGAUCAGAAAGUCUUUUCGUGCAAACAGGAAGAAGGAUUGCUCAUCGCGAUCACUGUAAGCUUGAAAAUUCUGUUCUUGAAAAAGAGCACUGGUCCUGGAAUUAAAGAAAAGAUUCGACUCUCUCUCUCUCUCUCUCUCUCUCUCUC